UAACGAUCUCCUUCCUGUAUAAUCCAUUUCGUCUGAUUAUGUGGUUGUCAACAAUAGCCGUGUUGCUGUGCGCAUCACUAUCUAAUGCACUUACCUGCAAUUUGUCUUCAGAUCUGGUCAAAGAAAUUCGUUCGUAUCAAGGAACAGUCGAUCAGAUCAUAAAUGCAACUACACAAGGACUAUUCAAGGGCAAAACCUACGAUGAACUGGCGUAUUUUGUUGAUAAAUUUGGAGCCAGACAAGCGGGAAGCCAGGUACUGGAAGAUUCAAUAGAUUAUUUACUGGAUUUGAUGCAGAAGGAGGGAUAUGACCUAGAAAAUGUUCAUGGAGAAAAUGUUACAAUUCCGCAUUGGAUUAGGGGAACUCAAACAUGUGAAAUGUUGUCACCGAGAAGAACUAACAUUCCAGUACUGACCCUCGGUGGUUCUGUGUCUACAAUAGCCAAUGGAGUCGAAGCGGAGGCAAUAGUUGUGAAAGACUUUGAUGAAUUGGAUCGAGUGUCUGAAAAAGUAAAAGGAAAAAUUGUGGUGUAUAACAACGAGUAUAUUACAUAUGGGGUAUCCGUAGCUUACAGGAGUCAAGGACCAAUUAAGGCAGCUAAAUACGGAGCAAUAGCGACCUUAAUAAGGUCUGUAACACCAUUUUCCUUAAAUACACUCCAUACUGGUCAAACUGAUUAUGACAACUCAGUAACAAAGAUUGCAGCAGCUUCAAUAACAAGAGAACAUGCUCACAUGUUUCAAAGAAUGCAGGAUCGUGGUGACAAAAUAGUUUUAAAACUCAACAUCCAAACCCAAAACUUGGAUCCAGUUACAUCCAGAAACGUCGUUGCAGAAAUUAAGGGAUCAAGAGAUCCUGAAAAAGUAGUUCUAGUAUCUGGUCAUAUUGACAGUUGGGACGUAGGUGUAGGAGCUAUGGAUGAUGGAGGCGGCGCUUUUAUUUCUUGGUAUUCAUUACGCGUACUUAAAGCUCUUGGUUUAAAGCCAAAAAGGACUGUAAGAUCUGUCCUUUGGACAGCUGAAGAACCGGGACUAAUUGGCGUCCAAGCCUAUGAUAAAGCCCACAAAGACGAAUUGGACAAUUUUAUUUUUGUAAUGGAAUCUGAUGAAGGAACUUUUACACCUUUGGGUCUAGAAUACGUCGCUGGUGAUGAGGGAGGAUGUAUUUUAGAGGAAGUAAUGAAAUUGCUGGCUCCAAUAAAUGCAACACAAGCCAACAUAGUCGACUACGCAGGAUCCGACAUUACAAUCUGGAGAAACAUUUUACCAACUGGAAGUUUGCUGAAUCGAAAUGAAAAUUACUUUUGGUACCAUCACUCUGAGGCGGACACCAUGGACGUUUUGGAUCCCGCAGCUUUAGAUAAAGCCACAGCGUUAUGGGCUUCCGUAGCAUACGUACUUGCCGAUCUGAAUAAAGAUUUUCCGAGACAAGUACCAAAAUUGAAUGUAGUGUUACCAUCAGUACUGAAGGUUUAGAUUUAGUUUAAUUUAUUUGUAAAUCAAUAUAUUUUAAAGGCAUUAUCUUACUUUAUAAAGGUGGUACAUAUCCUUUUUUUAAAGAUAUAUUUUGAUGUAGUGUGUGUAGUUCAUGCGAUUUAUGAUAAAUCAAACUAAACUACACCAAAGACGAGUUAUCCACAGACAGACGAUCCAUCUGUUUUAAAACUUUCAUAUGAUAUGAUACUGUAGCCAUAGCUACAUAUGUAUUAAUUUAAUUUACAUUUUACUACAAAAUUAUUUUAUUUUAUUUAAAAAAACAGACUUAAAAAAUUAUCUUUGCAAAAUUAAUACCUACACCUACAAUUAUGGUUGUAACCUAAUAGUUCGCUGUAACCGUGUAAAAAGUGUAAUAGCAUUUUCUUAUUAUUAUUCUCAUUUUUCGGAUUAAAUCAGGCGCAUGAUAAAGGUCCCCAAACUCUGUUUGAAAAUAAAAAUUCUAAAUGUAUCGUUGUCUUGUUCUUUCGGUUGGUUGCAUUUCUUUUGGAUGAUUUUUGCUCUACUGUUUUAGGCGUGACACCUCUUUAGGACGUGAUUUGUUUUGUUUUGAAUGUCGGCAUUGCGUCGCCGUUAUGUCUCACUGGUGGUUCCAGUGAGACAUCCGUCCGUGGAUGUGUCCUGCGUUGUCCUCGGUAGUCAAGGUGAAAGGAUUUGAGCUAAAACAGUCCUUUUCCGAAAGCCAAAAAUAUAUAGUUAUGAAUUGUGAAUGAAUUUAAUUAACAAAUUGAUAAAAUGAUCUGAAACGCGAAGAGAACAGCUGUGGCUAUAUCCUCGCUAUAGGCAGGUAUAAUUGUGCAAUGAGAUCGGGAAAUCACAGAAAACAGAUCCCUCAGGUAAGAAAGUGGAAUUUCCUUCAGGAUAUUAAUGUAUUCAUCAGGAAGUUCGUUGCUAGCUGUCAGCAAUUAAGUGGGUAGGAAGGGGAGUUUUAAUGAUAUUUUGGGCUCCAAGUUUUGGCCACGGAUGGUUUUAAUUGUAUAUGUCGGUCAGAUAGCCAAGCGGGCUGGGCGGCCGUUUUCUCAUUCGCUUCACUGCGAGUGGUUCAGAGGAAGUGAGUUCGAUCCCCAGCUCGGUGUACAGAAAAACAAAAAGGCUAACGCAGCAGUUCAAAAUUCUAAAUGAAUCUGCGGCUUAAACUAGAAUAUGCUGGUGUCUGAUCGGACUAUGGUGGAUA